UUUAUGAGUGUAGUCGGUAAAUUCUUCAUCGCGUUCAGUGGGUGAUUGGGGGUCUGGCAGGAGAAGAGCCAAACAAAUGCCUUUUUAGUCCAGCUGAUCACUCUCGCCGAAGCUGAUCACUCCCGCUUUCCAUAAUAUCUUGGACAUUGACCUUCAACGUGUCAGCACUCGAGUAUCAUGGCUCUUCAACCCUCCCUUAGACCUACUAUUAUUGCAGGCGCUCACGACGCCCCGCAUACCCUUGAUAUCUUCCUGGACUACGUUUGUCCAUUCAGCGCAAAGUUAUCGUUUGCAAUCGACAAUGUUUUGAAGCCUUUGGUCGACGUGGGAGGUUUAUAUUAUGGCAAAGUAAAAGUUAUCAUGAGGCUCCAAGUCCAGCCUUGGCAUGCAACUUCAACCUACACUCAUGAAGCUGGACUUGCUGUUGUACGUGCUGCUCCAGAGCAAUUCUGGACAUUCUCUCUUGCACUUUUCAAGCAACAGGGUGAAUUCUUCGAUGGUCCCUCAUCCAACAUGACUCCCCUGCAAAUUCGCGAGAAAUUGGCCAACAUCGCUGCCCAAGUAAUCACAGAGGAGCAGUUGGUGAUGUUCAAAGAUCUUCUGAAGUUGAAGCCUUCUCCGAAUGGCGGAAUUGGCGUUACAGAUGAUCUUAAGUACACUAUCAAGUUCGCCAGGCAGAAUGGCGUACAUGUUUCUCCCACUGUCCUUUGGGACGGUUUGAUUGCCAAUCAAAUCUCUAGUUCUUGGGGAGAAAAGGAGUGGUCCGAAUUUCUUGCGAAGAACGUUGUUGUCUAGGUAUGAGGAAGUAAAUAUUAUUUGAGCUAUACUGCUAGUAAGAAGUUUGAUGUGAUAAGUACGAAUUCAAUGCUGUGUCCCGCCGAUAGUUUCCACUACCACGAUCCAAGACCUUCUGUAUUUGUCGGCAAUUUGUUACAUUGUACAUCAUUGGGGCUCUGAAACUGGAAAGGUAGUAUGAGCAUAUUCAAUACGGUAGAUUGCAAGUGAUCCUUUGCUAGUGCGUACAUGGUCACCUUUAAGCACCUUCUCGAAGUAUGUCGUAUAUAUGCAUGAACCACAAUCUACGUGCCGCGAGUUAACUUUUGUCUAAGAGAAGUAAACACGCCGACAGUUCGAAUGCGCAUAAAAUAUGUGAACCAGAAAACAGCAAUAAUCU